GCACGAUGCAUGCUUACAACACGUUGACAUCUCUUGGACUUUAUCAGACUCUAUCGUUUUACCCGUCAAAGAAAAAUGGGUGCUAUCACUUUUCAUGUGGAUGCCGUCUUGUUUGAUAUGGACGGCACCUUGGUAGAUUCGACAGCAGGCGUGAUCGGAGCCUGGGAGACGUUUGCUGAGACGUAUCCCGGCCUAGAUGUUCAAAAGAUCCUGAGCAGUUCGCAUGGAGUCAGGACUGUUGACAAUCUGAAGAAAUAUUGCGGGAUUACCUCCUCAGUGGAGCUCGAGAAAGAGGCUGCACGGUUCGAAGAGGCCAUCGUAACCUCCUCCAAAGCUAAUGGUAGAAACGGUAUCACCCUUUUGUCUGGAGUUCGUUCUAUCAUGGAUGAACUCGUUCCCGGCAAGAACAAUCCCAAGCCAUGUUGGGCCAUCGUUACAUCUGCAACCCGUGCAUAUGCAUCAGCUGCUCUAGAGAUUAGUGGAAUCCCGGUCCCUGAUGCCUUUGUGACCGCUGAAGAUGUGACACAAGGGAAACCUUACCCUGAUCCAUAUCUCCUCGGUGCAUACAAAUGUGGAGUCCCGCCGGGAAACUGUCUUGUUGUAGAAGAUGCUCCGUCAGGCGUUGCAAGUGGUCUUGCCGCUGGAUGUGCUGUGAUUGGAUUGAUCACGUCGCACACCAAGGAACAAAUGGAAGCCAAACAUCCGACAUAUUUAGUUGAAAACUUGUCAAGUGUGUCAAUGAAGAUGGGGGCAAAUGGUGGCGUAGAUGUCGUUGUCAACAUAGAUUAGAUGAUUCGACGAAAUAGAGUAAUCAUACAACAUUCAACCAAAAACACACAGGGCAU